GGCAAACCCUAGAUCGCCAGCGUGGCGGUCUGGUGGCCGUCUUCACAAAGGGAAAGGAGGAGGGGAGCCCAAGAACAAACAUUUCUCCCGAGGGCACCAAACCCUACCAAUCUGCCGUAUAUUACCCCAGAAUUCCUCCCCCAUUGCUCCCCGGAGCCGAGCACGCUGCCAGAGCGGAGCAAUGCCGAGGAAACUCAUCAAUGCCGUCCUCUUCACGGUCCUGGGCAUCAUAGUCGCGAUCUUCCUCUGCUACUCCAUCCGCUGCUACCGAUGUCGCCGCCGCUGCGGCUGUGCGGUGCUGCCCUCGCAUGGGGCCAGGGCCGACCGCUUCCAGGCGGGCGGAUCCAGCGCCUACGGCACCGGCGUCGGGGAGGAGCUGCUCACGUUCCCCGGCGGUGAUGGGCUCACCAUGGCCGCCAUCCUAGAGGCGCCCAGCGAGGUGGUCGCCAAGUCGGCGCACAGCACGUUGUACCGUGCCAGGCUCAGCUCCGGCGAGGCCGUGUCCCUGCUCCGGUUCCUCCGGCCCGUCUGCUCCGCGGGCGCCGAGGAGGCCGCGGCCGCCGCGCGGCUGCUCGGCGCCGUGCAGCACCCGAAUCUCGUGCCGAUCCGCGCGCUCUACUUACGUUGCUCGUGCACCCCUUCUACGCCGCCGGCUUGCUCCGCCGCUUCUUGCAAGGAUAUGGAUGACUAUCUGAAGGGAUGCAGGUUUCUUCCCAAACUUAAGAAUGAGAUACCUGUAGCAUAUGUAGACAUAGAGAAUGCCGUUCUAGGAGAGCUUAGGUAAUGUCAAGUGCACAUAGUAUGAUCUUAGGUGUUUAUCUUAGAUAAUAGGGUUAUUCCAAGAAAACCGUGUAAUGCACCAUGAGAAGAGUAUGAUG